UUCAUUUGUUUUGGUUAGUUCCACGAAAAGUCUUUGACUUAACAGUUAGUGGCACCUAUUAGUAAAUAUUUGUUCGGUGUUGCGACGUUAUGGACCGGAACUUGGCUGCCGAGCAAAACAUCUUCGUGAUUAACCACAAAUCGGAGAAGAAUAUUCUACAAUCUGACGUUGAGCGCCUAUCAAAGACCCACUGGCUUUGCGAUUAUGCUCGUGAUAUAUUUCAGACCAUGAGGGAGCAGGAACUCCGCCGGCUCCCGAUGUUUUUCCUUUCGCCGCAAUCGGGCGAGCGGCACAAGAUGCUGCAGUUGCUUCAACUGGCAGCCCGCACACACAAACUGAGUCGCUGUGCACUGCAUUUGGCUGUUUAUUAUAUGGAUCGCUUUGUAGACCACUACAAAAUCCGUUCAGACAAGCUCUUCUUAGUAGCGAUCACCUGUCUUCAUAUAGCAGCACAGAUUGAGAACACCGAAGCGUUUAUACCGCGUUAUAGCGAUAUGAACCGCUUGGUCAGGAAUGCAUACACUGCAUUCGAAUACAAGGCUGUGGAGAGGAAAAUGCUUUGCUUCCUCAACUUUGAGCUAUUGCGUCCCACAACUGCCAGUUUUGUAGAGCUCUUUGCCUGCAGCUUUCUCACUCGCUCAGACUUCGCCGCUUACAUCGAUAUGUUGGAUGAGUGCGAGAGGCAUCAGAAUAUCCAGCUGUACCGGCGAUUCGGAAGCUUCGAACAAAUGUUGGCCACUUUGGCUCAAUCUCUGCUCCGCAUGGCAGAUUACACCUUGAACAUUUCCAGAUUUUCCAAUGAUGCGCCCUCCCUUUUGGCCGCCGCCUGCAUUGCUGCAGUUCGCCAGGUCCACGGAGUCAAACGCUGGUCGUCGUACCUCACUGAACUGACCUCCUAUACAGAGGCGAAUGUGGAGCCCUACAUGGAUGUCUUAACAGACUUUCAUUACUUUCAGACUAUCCAAACCGUUUGGAACGGUACCAAUGGUCAGAACAAUCAAAAUUUAUCCAGUCCCGAUUCUGGAUUUGAGGAGUCGCUGACGGAUAGAACAGAGCUGGUGGUAUCGGAGGAAGUGGUCACCGUAGAGGUGGAGACCUACAACAUUGUCACUGUGCAACUGCAGGACAGAACUCCAGAUUCAACGACAACGCCUAUCAAAAACCAAACCAAUCUCAAACGUCCUCGCUCUGAAGACAACCUCGAUAAUCUCGAAAAUCCGCGUCCAAUAAAACAAGCCAAGACAGAAGAGAAUGAAUCUUAAGAUAAGUAACCCAAGGAAUGUAAAAACUAUUACCAUUUGGAGGAAAUCCAAAUAGUUUUAAGGUGCCCAGACAUCAAUAACGUAGAUAUGACCCUGUUCAAUUGAGUUGAACCGUCGCCAUAUCAUAAUCGUAACAUUCAGCUUUAAUAUAUAUGUAUUUAAUAUAUAUUUGAAAUUAUCUUAUAAACUUAUGAAUACAAAAUGUCAAAAACUCAACAAAACAGAAGCAUUAUCAACUAAAAACAACAAAGACAUUAUUUAUAAUUUGUUAAAAAAACAA